UUUAUUUUGAACGAGUCAGGCCGGAAGCUGGGUCAGUCGGUGGUAAACACGUGUGGAAGAGAAAAAUCUUCAGAAUGCUUCGGCGGGAGAUCCGGCUCAGGAAGGAGUACCUGUACAGGAAGGCCCAGGAGGAGCGACUGCACUCCAUCGAGGAGAAGAAGCAGAAGCUGAAGUCUGCGUUAGAUGAAAAUCGUCUGAUACCCACUGAGGUCCGUAAAGAAGCUCUACAGCUUCAGAAACUGCUGGAGUUUGAUGAUGAAGGUGGAGAAGGGGUCAGCUCUCAUAUGGAUGAUGAGUAUAAGUGGGCCGGAGUGGAAGACCCGAAAGUGAUGGUGACGACGUCCCGGGACCCGAGCUCCAGGCUGAAGAUGUUCGCUAAGGAAGUGAAGCUGAUGUUUCCAGGGGCCCAACGCAUGAACAGAGGAAACCACGAAGUUAACACUUUAGUGCACGCCUGCAAAGCCAACGGCGUCACCGACCUGGUCAUCAUCCAGGAGACGCGAGGACAGCCUGACGGGUUGAUUGUUUGUCACCUUCCUUUCGGACCGACGGCGUACUUCACCCUGUUUAACGUGGUGAUGAGACACGAUAUUCCGGAUAUCGGAACGAUGUCUGAAGCCUUUCCUCAUCUCAUCUUCCACAACUUCAGCUCCCGCCUGGGUCGACGAGUGUCCAACAUCCUAAAGUACCUGUUUCCUGUACCUAAAGAAGAAAGCAGACGGGUGAUAACGUUCGCCAAUAAAGACGAUUUCAUCUCCUUCAGGCAUCACACUUAUAAAAAGACUGAUCACAGGAACGUGGAGCUGACGGAAGUUGGGCCGAGAUUUGAAAUGAAAUUGUUUAUGAUCAAGCUGGGAACUCUGGAGAACGAGAGCACGGCGGACGUCGAGUGGCGACAUCACGCUUUUACCCGAACGGCCAGGAAGAGGAAGUGCCUGAGCGUGGAGUAAAAACUCGUCUGAUCGCUGAAUUCUCUCAGUGAUAAAAUCUGUAAUAUUUAUCAAGUUAAAAACAGCUGAUAUCCAUAUAAUCCAUAGUUACUUAUAGUACUGAGACUCCAAAACAUCAUUGUGGAUUAUUGUAUUGUAGAUUACAGGACCCGAUUGAGAUCUGCGCAAUUUAAACACUUUGUAAUAUUUAUUCCCUCUGUAAUGUUAAGUUUGAUGAUCAUGCUGUGGGAAAAGUGUUUUGUAAAAGUUAUUGAAUGUCACAUUAAACUCAAAGUUUUGAUUA